AUGUUUUUGGUCGGGUUUGUUCUGGUCUGGGAAAACCUCAGGGUCCCACUGGAGGAGCUGGAGGAAGCGUCUGGGCUGAAGGAAGUCCGGGAGUCUCUGCUCAGACUGAAGCCCCCGAGACCCGACCCUGACCGGACCGGACCCGACCCCGACCGGACCAGACCCCAACUGGACCAGACCCGACCCCAAAGAAGAAGAAGAACUCGGACGGAUUUAAUGAUUCCUCAAACACGACCUCAUGAUUUUACUUCCUCGUCCGCGAUUGGCCGCUUUGAACUGACCCCGGUCUCUGAUUGGCCCAGGUGUUUGACGGCUGGCUUGGGGCCCCGUGAUUGGCUGAAGAUGAGGUGUCUGUGGGCGGGUCUCGUGGCUCUUCUGCUGCUCUCAUUGGCUCAGGCUCAGGAAGUGGAUCCGGUUUCUGGUCUGAGGUUCCAGAUUCUGAGCGAGUCCUCGGUCCAAAUGUCCUGGACCAGACCCAGGACCCGAGUCCAGGGCUUCAGGAUCUCAGUCUCCUCCGAUACAGACGAGCCUCGGGAGCUGACGCUGCCCGCCUCAGCCUCCAGCGCCUCCCUGACCUCCCUCACUCCAGACGUGGACUACUCCGUCUCCAUCGUGGCCUUCAGCGGACGCAGGGAGAGCACGCCCGUGUCCGGAAAAAUCACACUGCAGGCCAGCGGGGGCAGCAGCGACACCCCCAGGAGAGCGCCGCCUACAGACGCCGUCAAAUGCUCGGCGGGCGCGGCGGUCGACCUCGUCCUCCUGCUGGACAUUUCUCGGGGUCCGGACCAAACCAAACUCCGGCACGUCAAGUCUCUGUUCUCCGCCAUCGCCGCCGCCUUCACCGUCGGCCCGGAGCAGACGCGAGUGGGCGUGGCCUCCUUCGCCUACCGCCAAAACGCGGAGUUCAGCCUGAGCGAUCACAUGACCCUGCCCGCCGUCACCUCCGCCAUCGCUCGCUUGGCGCCGCGCGGACUCGGGAAACAGGCGCGGACAGGAGCCGCUCUGAUUUUCGCUCGGCUGAACUCCUUCGCGCCAGAGUCCGGGUCUCGGACCGGAUUUCCCAAAGUCCUGGUCCUGCUCACAGACAGUCCAAGUCGGACCCAAGUCCAAGACGAAGCCCAGGCUCUGAAGAACCGAGGAGUGGAGAUCUUUGUAGUGGGUGUGCAGGGAGCAGACGAAGCUCAGAUGAUGCAGGUGGCCUCCUCCCCUCAGCAGAACCACGUCUUCAGAGCCUCGUCCCACGAAAACCUGAGGAGCAUCCAGAGGAACCUGCUCCUGAACAUCUGCGCCGGCGUGGAGGAGCAGCUCGGCGCUCUGGCCAGCGGCUUCGAAGCGGUGGAACCGGCCAAAAACCUGGACAUCGUGGAGGUGAUGUCCAAGUCUGUGCGCGUGCGCUGGGAGCCGUCUGCGUCGGACGUGACGGGCUACAGGCUGCAGGUGGAGCCUCAGUCCGGCGAGGGCGGCAGGCAGGAGAUGUACGUGAGCGCGGACACGACCUCGGCGCUCGUGAAGGACCUGAGCCCCGAGACGCCCUACAGGGUUUUCCUCUACGCGCUCAAAGAUCUGACGGCCAGCGAGCCCGAAGCAGCCGCCGCCGUCACGCUGCCUCUGCAAGUGUCGCUGGAUUGUUCUCUGGGCGUGGACGUUCAGGCCGACGUCGUCCUCCUCGUCGACGGCUCCUACAGCAUUGGUCCGUCAAACUUUGCCAAAGUUCGAGCUUUUCUCGAGAUUCUGGUCAAGACGUUCGACAUCGGACCAAACAAAGUCCAGAUCAGCCUGGUCCAGUACAGCAGAGACCCUCACCCCGAGUUCUACCUCAACACACACCAGGACUUGGACUCCGUGCUCCGGGGGAUCCGGACGUUCCCGUACCGCGGCGGCUCCACCAACACGGGCCGCGCGCUCACGUACGUCCGCGAGCGAGUCCUCCAGGCCAGCAGGGGCGCCAGAGCCCAGGUCCCCACCGUCACCAUCCUCAUCACCGACGGCAAGUCCUCCGACGCCUUCAGAGACGCCGCGGCCAGACUCCGCGCCGGCGACGUCGAGGUGUUCGCCGUGGGAGUCAAGGAGGCGGUCCGCAGUGAGCUGGAGGUCAUCGCGAGUGACCCUCCUCAGACUCACGUGUUCGAGGUCGAGGAUUUCGACGCUUUUCAGAAAAUCUCCAAAGAGCUGACGCAGUCCAUCUGCCUGAGGAUCGAACAGGAGCUGAGCCGCCUGCAGCAGCAGCAGCUGGUGGCCCCUCGCUCUCUCUCCUUCUCCGAGAUCGGCUCCAGGAGCAUGAGGGCCUCGUGGGCCAUCGACGCUCCCAACGUGGAGGCGUUCCUGGUGAGGUUCCGCGCGGUACCCGAGGGGGGCGCUCCGGAGCACUUCGUGUCCGUGUCGGUGCCGGGCCACACCAAGAGCGCCGUCCUCCCUCACCUCUCCCCGCUCACCCGCUACCAAGUCCAAGUCCAGGCCCAGUACCAGAGAGGAGACAGUUCUGCCGUCCACGGAGAAGAGAGCACGAUCCAGGAAAUCGGACCUCCUCGGGACCUCGUGACCUCGGACGUGACCGAGUCCAGUUUCUCGGUCUCGUGGUCCGCCGCGCCCGGUCCGGUCCGGUCCUACUCGCUCCGGUGGAGGUCCCUGUUCUCAGACGAGUCCGGACUGAAGCGGGUCCCGGGGGCCCAGACCAGCGCCGUCCUGGAGGGUCUGAGUCCGGAGACCCGGUACCAGGUCUGGGUCAAAGCGGAGUACGGCGAGCGGGAGAGCGACGAGCUGAGCGGCCUCGAGACCACGGAAGCGUCCGCCUCGUCUCGUGUCCUCGCGGUGUCUGACCCCACGGAGCGCUCGCUCACCGUGUCCUGGAGCCCCGCCCCCGGCCCCGUCCUGCACUACCGCCUGAGGUACGUCCCCCGGGGCGGCGGGCGCGAGCUCAGCCUGAAGGUCCCGCCCGCGCAAAGCUCCGCCCUCCUGAGGAAACUGAGCGCCAUGACCACGUACGACGUCACGCUCCAGCCCGUCUACGCCCACGGAGACGGAAAAGCAAGGCAAGGAGUAGGAACAACACUGUCUCCGUACAAACCUCCUCGGAACCUCCAGACCUCGGAGCCGACCCGCACCAGCUUCAGGGUGUCCUGGGACCCGGCUCCGGGCUCCGUCCGGGGCUACAAGGUCACGUUCCACCCCACAGACGACGAGGUGAACCUGGGGGAGCUGCUGGUCGGGCCUCAUGACAACACCGUGGUCCUGGAGGAGCUCAAAGCGGCGACUCAAUAUUCUGUGUCGGUGUUUGGGAUGUUUGAUGGGGGGGAGAGUCUUCCUCUGGCAGGAGAAGAAAAGACGACUCUGUCCGACGCCCCAGACCCGCCGUUACCCAGCGCCCUCGACUCUCAGUGUAAGACGACAGCGAAGGCCGACAUCGUUCUCCUGGUCGACGGCUCCUGGAGCAUCGGACGCAUCAACUUCAAAACCAUCAGGAACUUCAUCGCCCGAAUGGUCAGCGUGUUCGACAUCGGACCGGAGCGCGUGCAGAUCGGUUUGGCUCAGUACAGUGGAGACCCAAAGACCGAGUGGCACCUGAACUCUCACCCGACCAAAGCCUCACUGCUGGAGGCCGUGUCCAACCUGCCCUACAAGGGCGGAAAUACUAUGACAGGAAUGGCUCUGAACUUCAUCCUGCAGAAUAACUUCCGUCCGAACGUGGGGAUGAGGCCGGACUCCCGGAAGAUCGGAGUCCUGAUCACAGACGGAAAGUCCCAGGACGAGAUCGUGGUCAACUCCCAGAACCUGAAGGACAGCGGCAUCGAGCUCUACGCCAUCGGUGUGAAGAACGCGGACGAGAACGAGCUGAGGACCAUCGCCUCGGACCCUGAGGAGAUCCACAUGUACAACGUGGACGACUUCAGGUUCCUCCUGGACAUCGUGGACCAGCUCACGGUCAACCUCUGCAACAGCGUCAAGGGCUCAGAUGAGCCAGAGCAGGCGGUUCUGGAGCCGCCCAUGGACCUGGUCACGUCUGACGUCACUCCGUACUCCUUCAGAGUCUCGUGGAGUCCUCCCGACAUCGCAGCCGAGAAGUACAAGAUCACCUACGUCAUGACCGCAGGAGGACCCACGAUGGAGGUGUUUGUGGACGGAGAGACGAUGGACGUGCUGCUGGAGAACCUCACUCCUCUGACCGAGUACAGAGUCAACGUGUUCACGGUGGUGGGAGACGAGAGCAGCGAGCCGCUCGUCGGGCUGGAGACCACGCUCCCGGUCGCUGCUGCGUCAGAUCUGCGGGUGUUUGAUGAGAAGGUCACGAGUUUCAGACUGAGUUGGACUGAAGCUGAAGGAGCCACAGGAUACAGGAUCCACUACAGAACCCUGAACGCCACCGCCGGGCAAGAGGAGAGAGAGGUUCGCGUGGGCACCGUCAGCUCCGCGGAGUUGACAGGUCUGACUCCUCUGACGGCGUACAGCGUCCUUCUGUACGCUCUGCACGGGGAGAGCGUCUCUGCGCCUCUGGAGGGAACCGGCGUCACACUGCCGCUGCCCCCUGCUGGAGCCCUGAGGAUCACAGACGUCACUCACAGCUCCAUGAGACUCGACUGGGACGCAGCUCCCGCCCCCGUCAGGAAAUACAUCAUCACCUACAAACCAGAGGAGGGCGACCUGCAAGAGCUGGAGGUGAGCGGAGCUGUGACCUCGACGCUCCUGACCAGACUUCGCUCUCAGACGGAGUACGACGUCGCGGUGACGCCCGUCUACGACCAGGGCCCCUCUGCACCCAUGCUCAACAGCGCCACCACCGACGUGGUUCCUGCUCCGAGGAGCCUGGUUUUCUCGGACGUGACUCAGACGUCGUUCCGGGCGUCGUGGCAGCACGGAGCUCCGGACGUCGCCCUCUACAGACUCUCCUGGAUCAAGAGCGGAGACGCCGGAGAACCCAAGAUAACGAUCCUGGACUCGGACGAGACGAGUCACGUUCUGCCGGACUUGGACCCGGACACCGAGUACCUGGUGACGGUUACGGCCAUUUACCCCGACGAGUCCGAGAGCGAAGACCUGAUGGGCAGUGAGCGCACCUUGAUGACGGCUCCAGACGUGUCGUCUCAGCCUCCUCAGAACCUGAAGAUCGUAAACGCCUCCACCACCGCGCUGACGGCUCGCUGGGACCCCGCCCCGGGAAAAGUGCUCAACUACAGGGUCACCUACUCCCCCCUGGCCCCCCAGGACGGAGAGGAACCUCUGACUGUUCAGGUUGGGCCAAAGAAGAACACCGCGGUCCUCCAGAAGCUCCGCCCUGACACUGAGUACUCUGUGAGUGUGGCGGCGGUGUACCCUGCUGCUGUGAGCGCCGACAUAAGCACCCGGGGAAAGACAAAGCCUCUGGGGGGUGUGAGGAACCUGCAGGUGUUGAACCCGACCAUGACGACGCUGAACGUUCGCUGGGAACCCGCCGAGGGGAGGGUCAAAGAAUAUCGCCUCAUCUACGUCCCAGCAGCAGGGGGCGCUGAGAGCAUGGAGCAGGUGAGUGCAGGCACCACCUCCACCGUCCUGAGGUCUCUGACCCCGGACACUCUGUACACCGUGUCUCUGCUGCCCAUCUACGCCGAGGGAGAAGGACGCCUGCUCUCCGAGAACGGAAAAACACGGCCUCUGGGGGGAGUGAAGAACCUGCGUGUGACCAACCCCACCAUGACGUCUCUGAACGUGGACUGGGAGCCUGCAGACGGAGCCGUGAGGCUCUACAAGAUCUUCUACGUCCCAACGGCCGGAGGGAUGGAAGAGAUGGAGCAGGUUCCGGCCUCGUCCACGUCCACGGUCCUGAGGAACCUGCAGCCGGACACUCUGUACACGGUGUCUGUGCUCCCCGUGUAUCCGGCGCGAGAGGGACGGAGGCAGAGCGAGGAGGGACGCACUCUGCCUCUGGGGGGAGUGGACAACAUGAAGGUGUCCAACCCGACCAUCACCACGCUCAGAGUGAACUGGAGCCCCGCCGACGGAAACGUCCAGGGCUACAAGGUCAUCUACGUCCCCGCCGCCGGAGGACUGGAGAUAGUGGAGCAGGUUUCUGAAAGCACCACACAGACGAUCCUGGAGAAACUCCUGCCCGACACCGAGUACAGAGUCACUGUGGUCCCGGUUUACGCCGAAGGAGACGGACCGAGCCUCAGGGACACCGGGAAAACACGUCCUCUGGGAUUCGUUCGUAACCUUCAGGUCACAGAUCCGACCACGUCGUCGUUAAACGUUCGCUGGGACGCGGCCGAGGGAAACGUUCGUGAAAACAUCAUCAUCUGGGUCCCGGCGGCCGGAGGAGAACAGGAAGUGGACCAGGUGAGCGGCUCCACCACCAGCACCGUCCUGAAGAGCCUGGAGCCCGACACAGAGUACACAGUGACUGUAGUACCUGUGUACCACGAGAUGGAAGGAAGACCCAUGUCCAAGAACGGACGGACCAACCCCAUGGGAGGAGUGAAGAACCUGAAGGUGACAGACCCGACCAUCUCCUCGCUCACCGUGCGCUGGGACCCGGCGCCCGGAAACGUGCGCAGCUACAAAGUCUUGUACACGGCGCAGCCCGGAGGAACCGAGAAGAUGGAGGAGGUUUCGGGCGGCACCACCAGCACCGUCCUGCGGGGGCUCGACUCCAACACGGUUUAUAAAGUGGCCCUGGUCCCGGUGUAUCCGGACGUGGAGGGCAUCAGGCAGGAAGACCAGGGCAAGACCAAGCCUCUGGGGACGGUGAAGAACCUGAGAGUGACCGACCCGACGUUCAGUUCUCUCCGAGUGCAGUGGGACCGAGCCGAAGGUGACGUGAGACAAUACAAGAUCCUGUACGUGCCCACGGCCGGAGGAGAGGAGAGAACGACGAGUGUUUCUGGUCUGAGCACGUCGACGGUUCUGCGGGAGCUGAGUCCGGACACUCCGUACAGAGUCACCGUGGUCCCGGUUUACAGCGACAUAGAGGGUCGACCCGCCUCCGACACGGGCAGAACCAAACCUCUCGGGGGCGUGAAGAACCUGCAGGUGACGGACCCGACCACGAGCUCGCUGAACGUGCGCUGGGAGCCCGCAGAGGGAAACGUGCGCCAGUACAGGAUCUACUACGUCCCGCAGAAGGGAGGAGCCGAGGACAUGGAGCAGGUCUCCGGAGGCAGCAGCAGCACCGUCCUGAGGAACCUUCUGUCCGACACAGUUUACACCGUCACCGUGGCCCCCGUCUACCCUGAGGGAGAAGGCCUCAAGCAGAAAGAGAAGGGCAAAACACUGCCUCGGUCGCCUCCUCGGGAUCUUCAGGUUUUUAAUCCGUCUCCUUCGUCUCUGAACGUUCGUUGGGAAGCAGCGACUGGACAAGUUCAACAGUACAGAGUCACAUACCGAUCAUCAAGAGGACGCACCGGCUCUGUGAUGGUUCCCGGAAACAUUCACAACACGUUUCUGGACGGACUGAUUCCCGACACGCCGUACGCCGUCACCGUGACAGCGCUGUACGCCGACGGAGACGGAGGCGACGUCGUGGGCAACGAGAAGACUCUCCCCAGGGCCGGUCCCAGGAACCUUCGGGUCCUGGAGGCGACCACGAUCCUGACUGUGGGCUGGGAUCACGCCGCGGGCCCCGUGAGGCAGUACAGGAUCAGCUACGCCCCGCUGACCGGAGACCCCAUCACCGAGUUCCACACGGUCCCGGGGAACAGGAACAACGCUCGUCUGCUCAACCUGCUCCCAGAUACUCCCUACAACAUCACGGUGGAGGCGCAGUACGAAGAGGGACCAGGGGGGGCGCUCAACGGACCCGGACGCACAUUGGGCUUGUUGAGUCCGAGGAACCUCCGUGUGUCGGACGAGUGGUACACGCGCUUCAGAGUCGCCUGGGACCCGGUCCAGGCCCCGGUCCAGGGCUACAGACUCAACUACGCCCCCACAGGCACGACUCAGAGGAUGGACAUGUUCGUGGGAGACGUGUCGUCGUACACGCUCCACAACCUGCAGCCCGGGACGACCUACGACCUCACCGUCACCGCCGUCUACUCGGGGGGAGUCAGCGCCCCCCUGGACGGACAGGGAACUACACUGUACCUGAACGUGACGAGCAUCGAGACCUACAACGUCGGACAUGACACUUUCUGCAUCAAAUGGGCCCCGCACCGAGCCGCCACGUCCUACAGGAUCAAACUGGUUUACCCCUUUACGGACAGUCUGGGGGAGCAGGAGGUGACGAUCCCGGCUGGACUUCCUCAGUAUUGUUUUGACGGACUUUCCCCGGACUCUUUGUACCGAGCCACAGUCUACGUCCAGACCCCGAACCUGGAGGGACCCGGGGUCAGCGCCAAAGAACGAACACUGGUGAAACCGACUCCCGUCCCGACGCUGCCUCCAACUCCAACCCCCCCACCGACCAUCCCCCCGGGCUGGGCAGUGUGUAAAGGAGCCAAAGCUGACGUGGUGUUUCUGAUCGACGGCUCCUGGAGCAUCGGGGAGGAGAGCUUCAAUAAAGUCAUCCAUUUUGUGUCGUCGGUGAUCGCCGCCUUCGAUGUCGUUGGCCCCUCCGGCAUGCAGGUGUCGUUCGUCCAGUACAGCGACGACGCAAAGACCGAGUUCAAACUGAACGCCUACGCCGACAAAGGCAUCGCCAUGGCAGCGCUUCACCACAUCCGCUACCGAGGAGGAAACACCAAAACAGGCGUGGCCCUGAAACACACGUAUGAAAAGGCGUUCUCGAUGGAAAACGGGAUGAGGAGGAACGUUCCCAAAGUGGUGGUGGCCAUCACGGACGGACGCUCCCAGGACGACGUGAAGAUCAACGCCGCCAAGCUCCAGCACGCAGGUUACAGCGUGUUUGCCAUCGGCGUGGCGGACGUGGAUUUCUCUGAGCUGCAGCAGAUCGGCUCCAAACCGAGCGACCGUCACGUUUUCGUGGUGGACGAUUUCGACGCCUUCAACACGAUCAAAGAAAACCUGAUCACGUUCAUCUGCGAGACGUCCACUUCCUCCUGUCCGCUCAUCUACCUCAACGGCUUCACGUCUCCAGGAUUCCGUAUGUUGGAGGCGUUUAACCUGACGGAGAAAAGCUACAGCUCCUUGAGCGGCGUCUCCAUGGAACCAGGCUCCUUCAACAGCUACACGGCCUACAGACUCCACAAGAACUCCUACAUCUCCCAGCCCUCCACGGACGUUCAUCCGGACGGCGUUCCCAGCACGUUCACGAUGAUCCUGAUGCUGCGGCUGCUCCCGGACUCUCCCUCCGAGGCCUUCGACGUGUGGCAGGUCUCCUCCAAGGACCACAAACCCGAGACCGGACUCACCAUAGACCCCUCCUCUCAGACCGUCUCCUUCUACAACAAAGACCAGAGCGGAGAGGUGCAGACGGCCAAGUUCGACGGCGACGGCGUCAAAAAGAUCUUCCACGGAAGCUUCCACAAGCUUCACGUGAUGGUUUCGUCGUCGUCGGUGAAGUUGAGCAUCGACUGUCAGGAGGUGGGAGAGAAGGAGCUGAAGGAGGCGGGAAACACGUCCACAGACGGAUACCAGGUCCUGGGCAAAAUGAGCAAGAGCAUCGGGUCCAAGGGCGAGUCUGCCACCUUCCAGCUGCAGAUGUUUGACAUGGUGUGUAGUUUGGCCUGGGGCAGUCGGGAUCGCUGCUGUGACCUUCCCUCCACGAGGGAUGAGUUGAAGUGUCCUGCUCUUCCAAACGCCUGCACCUGCACGUCUCAGUCCAGCGGCCUCCCGGGCCCCCAGGGGCCAGUGGGAGCUCCUGGGACCAAAGGCCCCCGAGGAGAGCGCGGAGAGACCGGUCCAGCUGGCCCUAUCGGACCUCGAGGAGACAACGGGCCCCCAGGACCCAUGGGCCUCCCUGGACCUCAGGGCCCCAGCGGAUUGUCCAUCCCCGGAGAAGCUGGGCGUCCUGGACCUAAAGGCGACCCCGGAGACUCGGGUCUACCUGGUCAGAAGGGUCUUCCAGGACCUCCAGGCCCGCUGGGACCCUUGGGACCGGCCGGAAUCCGGGGACCACAAGGGAAGGAAGGACCCGCCGGACCCAGAGGAGCUCCAGGUCCAAUGGGACCUCCAGGAUCUCCAGGAGUCCAGGGAAAUGCAGGAACUCCGGGAAAACCAGGAGACAACGGUACACCUGGUCCGGCCGGUCUGAAGGGAGACAAAGGAGAGAGAGGAGACUUUGCUCCUCAGAACAUGAUGCGUUCGAUCGCUCGUCAGGUCUGUGAACAGAUCGUCAACUCUCAGAUGAGUCGUGUGAACACUCUUCUGAAUCAGAUUCCAAACGGUCAGUACCGCAGCAGUAACAACCCCGGACCCGCGGGGCCCCCAGGACCAUCCGGACCCCAGGGACCCAGAGGAGAGCCAGGACCCGCCGGGCGCAACGGCUUCCCAGGAAGCCCAGGACAACAAGGCCUGCAGGGAGAGAGAGGGCCUCCAGGAGAGAAGGGAGACAGAGGCACAUCUGUGGUGGGAUCCAAGGGCCCCCGAGGCCCCCCAGGACCUCCCGGUGAGUCCAGGACCGGGCCCCCGGGCCCCCCUGGCGCUGCCGGUGCCCGUGGACCCCCGGGCAGACAGGGGUACCCGGGUAUCCGCGGGCCCCCCGGUCCGGCCGGGUACUGCGACUCGUCUCAGUGUGUGGGCAUCCCCUACAACGGCCAGGGCUACGCCGGCCAGUCCCCGGUCCGGUCUCUGGACCAGACCGCGCCCCGGGUCCAGAGGAGGUCUCUAAGAACCAGGACUUAGCUUUGCACACGGCCCUCUGCUUCCGCCCGACCCUCCUGAAGCGACAGCGCCACCACCUGGAGAGGCUCAUGUGUCUGUGAAUAUUUGUGUGGGAAUGAAAGGGUCAAAGGAGCGAGCGACGGCGGCCGGAAGGACAAACCGCUCCAACUCAUGACGUACACAAACUUUAUUUCACUUCAUUUAAAGACAAAAAACUAUUCAACCAAUCAACAUCCACCGCUCUG